CGAGACCGGCUGUGAACUGUCAUGUUUUGUAAAUGUCCCAUCGCGGGUUCCGUACUAAUAGCAGGACGUCUAUUUAUUUAUUUCAUGGUAUUUAUAGUGGAGAUGUUGACGGCAAACUAGGAAAUGUGAACACUUUGUUGUGACUCUUUUGACAAUUUCUAACAUUAGAAAUGGCAGAGUUACGUUUGGAUGUAGACAGUCAUCUACAAUAUGGGCUAUUUGACAGCGAUUUAGCCGAUAUUUGCAUUGAUCAUGAUGGCGAAUGGGGCGUAAUGUAUUAGAAUAGAGACGUUGGAUUCUUUCACUGAUCUGUUCCCGCUUGCAACAUUGUUACAGACAUCAACCUGUUUAAAGAACUUGAAAACCUAAGUGAUGCAGAAGAACUGCUUCAAGAAUUUGAGUUCACACCACCUAAUGAAACAACACUGCAACAAGAGAUGUAGGAGUGCCUGGGUCCUCCCUAUCAUCUGGAUCUGCGGUUAGUGAUUCCUCCUCACUGUCACCACUAUCCCUGAAACAGGAAGAUGAUGUGUCUAUGCAGCCUUUACCGACUAUGUUGUCUCCUGAAAAGAAAAUACACAAGCGAGUCAGCCCAUCUCCCAGAGCCAAGCGACCCACCCACCCAAACCAGAGGGUGUCCAUUCAGCCCAAACUUCCCCCCUCUGUCCUCCUCACCCAACCCUUGGCCCCUCUUCUCAAAACCAGGACCAUUGUCAUCCAGCCCGUUGGCCUGCAGACUGUGGUCUCAGUGAUCAAGGAUCCACCGCACGUGACUGUGCAUUCUACUGUACCCCCUACUGCAGCAGUUCCCACGAUGCAUCUCCAGCCGAGACUGUUGAUUGGACCCCAGAUCGCUUCCCCAGCCCCUCCCCUUCUCGCUGUCACCAACCAGGUGUUCACCAUGCCAAUUGUACCCCAUCAUGUUACCAUGGAGACCACUGCUGUUUCUGGCCCCACCCAUCCCAUGGCAAUGACCUAUCACAACACAGCUGUGGACACUGAGGUGUGUGUGGAGCGGCGGCAGCAAAGGAUGGUGAAGAACCGUGAGUCGGCCACGCUGUCUAGGCUGAGGAGGAAGGAGGCGCUGCAGGCCCUGGAGGCCCGUCUCAGGGGGGCGUUGUGUGAGAACCAGAGGCUGCUCGUGGAAAACGGAUCCCUCAGAACCCAGCUGGACGGACUGCUCACUGAGAACACUGUGCUGAAGGUGACUGCUCCAAAGAGACGGGCGGUGUGUCUCAUGCUCAUCCUGGUGUUCUUCGUACUCAACACUGGUCCCCUGAGUGUGUGGGAGUCGGAGCCCAGCAGCUCCAGUCUGUCCACGGGGACGCCACAAAGCAGCCGACAUCUGCUCAGCUUCUCCCCCGACCAACAACAGAGGCGAGGGGAGGAAACACCAGCCCCGCAGUCCCCAUUGGAGCCGAUGGAUGCCCAGUACCCACAAUCCCACCAAUCCCAGGACAGAUGGGAGGACUAUGCUCCAGAGGAGAUGGCUUCCCACUCUCCUGUCUCCAGGACCAAGUCCCUCCGUCUGGCUCAGAACCUGAGAGGUUGGGUUCAUCGACACGAAGAGGAGAGGACCAAGUCCACACGUUCUACCACCAAUCAAUCCAGACAUACAACAACUGAACAGCACACAACCAAAACUGUCCUGAAGUCAUCUGAGAGGCCUCAGACGACCCAGUCCAGUAACCAGGUGGUAACAGUCAGCUACUCUGACAGACCAGGAAGUGAGGUUCUGGUGUACUACUCACCCCAUCAAAGCUACAGCGACUUCUUCGAUGAGUUAAAUCGACGAGGCGAUACUUUCUAUAUGGUGUCCUUUCGCCGGGAUCACCUUCUGCUCCCUGCGACCAACCACAGCAAAGGGAGAAGGCCAAAGAUGUCCUUAGUGUUACCAGCUGUUAAUGUGAAUGACUCUGUCAUCAAGGACGACAAAUUUGAGGUGAUGAUGCAGAUUGACUGUGAGGUCAUGGACACCAAGAUCCUCCACAUCAAAACCUCCAGCAUCCCAGAGUUCCUACGUGCCAACACCACUGACUUCCAGGCUGCAGCAUCGGACACCUCCAGGCUGUGUAAGGGCUAUUUGACCAAGGAGAGUGAUGGAGUGCUGCAUCAGAUGACCUGGCCUCCACAAUCCCCCGACCUCAACCAAAUUGAAAUGGUUUGCGAUGGGUCGGACUGCAAAGUCUAGGAAAAGCAGCCAACAAGUGCUCAGCAUAUGUGGAAUCUCCUUCAAGACUGUUGGAAAAGCAUUCCAGGUGAAGCUGGUUAAAAUAGAUUGUGCAAAGCUGUCAUCCAGGCAAAGGGUGGUUAAU